UUCAACUACCUCCCCAAGUUUACAUUUGGCCCUUUGUUCCAAAACAAAAACAACCUUCUUCAACUCCAACAACACCAGGACUUAUACUCAUCUACUACCUGUGGCAACUUUUGGUCACUUGUCUGAUACUACACACACGCACACACACACACACACACGACGCUCUAGCCCAUUUACCUCUCCAAUUGGCCAUUAUUCAUCAUGUCUGGCUCAUUCCAAACUGCUGCCUACUCCAUGCCCAUGGCUGUUCCCUCCAAAGGCAGCCAAUACCCCACCUACAGCCAAUACUCCAGCUCCCCACCAGAAUGCGAUGACACUAUGAGCUCCGCCUCUGGUGUUCCCUCUGGAUAUUCCGCCACCUCUGCUGGUUACAUUGGUAGCUCUAGCGGCGACUACGAAAGCACCGGCUCCGCUAGCGGCGUCGACUUCCAGGAGUACAUGCAGGAGCGUUUCUCUAACUCGUUCGACCCCAUCCCUCUCGAUCGGAGCAUGGCUGUCCAAGCACAAACUUCUGGUAAACUCAAUGCCAAGCACCGCGAACUCAUGGAGCUGCAAAAGCAGGCCCAAGCUCGCCUUGCCAGGACGCGUGAGCGAUUCUCUGAGGGCAUGCGGGAUGCACGGGAGGUCCGCAACGACCUGGAGUGGACUCAGAAGAAAGUUUCAUCUCUCAACGCAAAGGCUGCACGAAAGCACCCCAAGGAGCACGCAAAGGCUCGCCAACGCUUUCCCUCCCCAGAGUACAACUAAGCACGGGAAAAAAAUCGGUUUCUCACACUCUGUUUUCUUUUGUGUUUUUCAUCAAUACGGCUUUUUCCGGCGAUUUCACAAAAAGCGAAUUUCAUCAUUCUUUGCGCCAACGGCUAUAUUCACGACCAAAAGUUGUGCCUUUUCGGCCACAAUUUGCAUCACUCUGAGCGAUUUCAACUGGGAGGAAAGCGUUCCAUUCACUAGCAUGAACUGAAGUUGAAUUUGGCGCGAACCGCGCGGCAAUCUUGCAGGGUUGGAUGCCAGAUCUCUUGCUGCUUUACCAGCCCUAUGGCCGGGCGGUUCUACCCGCCACAAGCCCCGUUUUGGCGCUGUGACGGUGUGGGGGUGAGAAACGAGAAACUUACGACAAUAAUGACUUAUGAUUGGAUAGAUGAUGGCAAUCGGGGAGCAGGGCCGAAGCGUACACUCCUCUUUCUGAACCUGCAGGAAGACCAGGGGCUGCAAUGACCAUCUCGUGCAAACCACGAGGGUUGCAGGGUCCUCAGCGCCCAAGACGGCCCUCUUCCCCACCAGGGGUGUGCGAUGAGCUGGAGCGAGCGAGCGAGGACUCCGUAGAGGCAGAAAGAUGUGAUGGGAUGUGAAGGCGCCUUUCCUAUUGGGGAUGAAAUAUUGCUGCAUUGGGUAUCGGCGGGAACCAAAGGCAAGGAAGUACUACUCUAUUUGGCGUUGUUGGCGUUGCUGUGGGCACCCUAGAGUCUAUUGCAAGAUGAUGAGGAUGUUUGUAAGCUCUGUAGCAAUAAAAGUGUCCUUUUCCAGUCUUGG